UACCACUCUGUACCGGUAGUGCAUUGUACGAGGGACGAGCCCAAAGUCUCGAAAACUGCUACUCGUACUACAAAAUCUGGACUACCGCAACGGUGUGGGUUAGGUGUGGGCGACACAGAAGCAGUUGCUUCAAGCAGAUCUUUUCCCUGCAACCCGGCAUUUCUCUCAAAACACCGACGACCUGACAGGGGAAUGAAUACCGCAAGACCGACGAUGGGCGUCUCUGACGGAAAAGGAAGGAGGAGCAAGACGGUCGACGGCGACGACUACGAGUAUGGUUUCGACGGCAACGAUGGCGACGAAGAAGAAAAAUACACCUCAGAGGCCUGGGGAAAUGUGUUUCGAGAAUUCCGCCACUCCCCCUGCAUGAUGCGGCCGGCAACCAUGCUGAUGAUACUGGCUCUGGCCGUCUUUUUUACCGUCACUCUCGCCUUCCAGAUCCCGGGGAUGGUGCUUGGGCUGUUCAUGGCGCCGAUUCUGAAUCGGAGUUCCUGGUACGUCGAGUUCUUGUAUCCGCUGCCCAUCAGCCGGUGGGGGCACAUGCUGCUGAUGUCAUUUACGUCGAAAAUGAGACACAAGGCGAAGGACAAAAAUCGGGGUUUUCACUCCAGGACCGUCGAGCAAAGAGUUGAGGUCGUCCCCGGGAGGGUCUACAUACACUUUCUUCCGCAGUGGCUGGACAACGUUGGGUACCUCGUGGUGUGUCUCCCGGAACCAAUCCCGUGUGGCGGCAGCUUUACCACCGUCGAGAAGGGCUCGAACGCGUGUCCCCCGGUCGCAUUGGUGGUGGACUGCGGAGAAGUCGAUGCCGUUCUUCGCUCGGUGGAUUUGAUCCAGGACUUUCACUACAAGGGUAUGCCCAAGAUCCAGCUACAGGCGAUUCUGAGCACGCACAAACACCACGACCACACCGGUGGUAACGCCUCGCUCCUGAAACACCCCGCCGGGAAAGACAUCACGCAUGUGUACGGAGGAGCCGUCGAACGGGUCCCGUGCUGCACGGACCUGCUGGUGGACGGAGAAAAACUCGAGCUGCCCAGAUGCAAACUGAACGACAUGAACGCGCUGGUGGAAAUUGAAGCGAUUGCUGUGCCGGCCCACACGCGGGGAAGCCUCGUUUACUGCCUACGGACAAAAUCCGGCAGGCAGGCCGAGUACAUGUUCACGGGCGACACCAUGUUCAGCGGGGGUGGGGGUGUCCCCUUCGAGGCGGACACCGGGGUCGAAACCGACAAACAGCUGCGCCGGAGCAACGGCCACACACACGUCCGGGGGAAUCUAGGAGCGUUUGCAAUGGAGCGGUGCUUUUCCGAAAUCAUUUCCAGGGCAAAGCCAAGCAACUUUUCCACAGGCGUCGGCGAGCGCAUCCUGGUGUUUCCGGGCCACGAGUACACGCAAGAGCUGCUGAUACGGCAGUUCCAGAGCAUGGUUAGCGAACACAACAAAUGGAAAAACUUUUCACCGAAGGACUACUUCGAGACCGUUUCCCACCUAUACGUGGCCCUGCACCGACGGUCGCUGCCGCACAACAGCGGGAGGUUGCUGCUCAUCCCGUCCACGAUACAGCGGGAGCUGCACAUCAACCCACACAUGCGCUCGCUUCGGCGCAGCGCGGAUCUCGUGGUCCGGGCCCUGAGCUUUUGGAAUACCCAUUUUUCCAAGGCAGGAGCAGGUGACGAUCGGUCUUCGCCCAGCGCAUAUAGGUCCUCCAGAUCCUCUCGUAGGUUGUCGAUCCGUGAGCAGCAGCCCCUGCCGAGAAAAACCCCGUCCAGGUUCAAGCAAUGGAACCUCGACGCGGAAAACGUCAACAGCAACGCUUUUACAACGGUCUACACGGCGGACCUGGAUUCCGUCAUCGAAGAUCUGGCUUGCGGAAAAAUAAAAAAGAACAAGGCAUUCGAACGAAUACAGUCUCUGAAACAAAAGAUGUCGAAGCCCGUUGUGAACAAACGAGCUAUUCCGGGAUUCCUGCCUUCCGACAAGAAUAUAUAUCGCGGAAUAUGCGGACUUGCAGUCCUGGGGUCGAAACCCUCUGCGAUGACCGUCUCGGACAGCCGAAAACUAAUGAUUCCUCCGCCGAUGGACUACAACAGCGACAGGAUCCGUGUGAGUAUGAAGCGCCUGAUCCUAGUCUUGACACGCCUGGGCUUGACGGAAACGAGCGAAGGUGACGACGUCUCUGCCAUUAUCAAGAAACUA